AUGGGCUUUGAGGAGAGAGAAACUAGAAUUGCAAACAUAUUAGAAACAUAUUUCAGUGACGCCUCGUUGUUAUGGGAUAAAGUCAUGCUCAGUAAAAUGUUGAAAGAUCCAGAAAAGAUGGUAACAUUCGAAGAACUCUCCAAUUUACCUAAAUUCAAAUCGGUAGCAGCCACAGCGCAGGAAAUCGUAUCAGCUGCAGAGAAUCAUUCGCUUCAUCGGUUAAAGUUGGACCAAACCAAGCAAAAGAUCGGCAGAAUCAAACCUUACAUUGUAGACAAGAAAGAGGAGUUAGACGAAUGGUCUAUUUACGUAGAGGGCUUGAAGAAACCAUACGACAAUGAGCAAAGCAUCAAAGAGUUGUUUAGUAAAUUAGUCGGAAGUGUUUCCUUCUUUCGCGUACCUCCAAACCAAAAAGGAGAUACUCAAUUCUUUGGUUAUUGUUUUCUCGAAUUCAACGAUAAAAGCAAUGUAGAACGAGCCGUUCGGUUAGUCAAUAGAUAUAAUAGGUCAAGCACUGACAUUGAUGACUCAAUGUCAGGUGAGUCAGACGCAAAAGAGCUCGCAGACAAGCUGAAUUUGAGGGUCAUGUCAAAAUCACAAUGGAACGAUCUGAAAGAUGGAUAUUUGAACUUGCUGGCAGAGAGAAAAGCAUACGUAACUGACUUAUGGACAAAAUAUGAAAGCGGCGAACAAGUCCAAGAAGAAAUAGACGAGGAAGUAGACGAAAAGCCAUUCACAGAGGGCUUGAUCGUAUUCGUAGACGGUUUACAUCCACAAUGCCCAAAAACGAUAGCAAUAGAAUUAUUACAGACAUCUGGUGUUCAGCUUGCUUUUAUGCAUCCAAAGAAGAAGGGACUCUCAAGCACUCACAUUCGACUGAAUACGGCUGAAGAUGCCAUCAAAAUCUGCAAUUAUUUUGAUACACAUUACAUUGUACAAGAAGAUGAAAAAGAUAGAGUUGGAAAUGCACAAGGCAGUAAGACGUCUGCCUCUCUGAAAUUGAAGCUUUUGCAAGGCUCUGCAGAAGAAAUUUAUUGGGAGAAUGAAUACAGACAAGGACGCUGA